AUGGCUGCCUUGGAGCGAGAUGAUCUGCUCCUUCGCGCAGAGCAAGACCGACAGCAGGCUCUCAAUAUCGCCGCAGAGGAGAGGUCUGGCUUGCAGGAGCGAGUGACGCAACUGGAAAUCACGUUGGACAGAGCACGUCACGAGGCAGCAUUGCGCAUGGAGCAGGAUCGCGGUGUGAUUGCAAAUACAACCGACGAAUUGCGGAGAUUUCGAAAUCAACUUGAGGAGACAUGGCAAGAUUUAUUAAGAUAUAAUGGUAUUUUCCUCGAAAAGUAUGCAAAUUAA